UGCCAAAGUGUCGUUUACAGCCAAGCUAUAUUCACGUUCAUGAACAUGACUUUUCCUUGGCGUGCGCUUUCAACCUGCCCGAUAUGGAAUGUUGGCUGCUCAACCAUUGAUCGUAGUAGUACACGGUCAUCAGUGAAUGUGACUUUUUUCUUGGCGAUUCUCUGUCUCUCUCUGACUGUGCCACUCCUCUCCCCCUGGCAUCUUUUGUGCAAACAACGGGGUUUAGCUAUUGGAUUCAGUAUAGAUGAUAAAUUCACCUGCAAUUUUGACUGCGAUUGUCUGACAUUGGGUUGUAUAUCCUGUCACUCUUCACUGUCCUGUCAUGUUGGCAAACACUCGCUUUUCUACUGCGAACUCAAGAGCACCGACAACGAAGGAGUAGUGGAAGGACCACUAUCUACUUCUGACAGGCUGGAUAAUUAUGUAUGUACACAGUAA